AUGUCAUCCACGGUAUCGGCCACUCCGGCUGAUCCCACGAAGGGCAUGCGUAAAAACGGAAAAAACUGGCACGAUACCAAAAAGCCGUUCCGACCUAACGCUGGUCUGACCUCGUACGAAAAGAGACUGGAGGCUCGCAAGCACCAGGAAGCUGUCAAAGAACACGAAAGGGAACUCAAAGAAGAGAAGGAGGCGGAACGGAAGGCGCAUAUCCAGAGAAUCAAGGAGCGUAGGGCUGCGAAGGAGGAGAAGGAGCGUUACGAGAAGAUGGCGGAGAAGAUGCAUCGCAAACGUGUCGAACGAUUGAAGCGUAAGGAAAAGCGCAACAAAUUGCUCAACUCGUAA